UCCAUCAGUCUCAUCAAGAACAUGAGACCAGAAAACCAAACAGGUGUAGCAGAAUUCCUCCUCCUGGGUCUCUCAGAAGAUCCAGAAUGGCAGCCCCUUCUAUUUGGACUGUUCCUGACUUUUUUUCUGGUCACUGUACUUGGAAACCUGCUCAUCAUCCUGGUUAUCAGCUCUGACUUUUUUUUCCACACACCUAUGUACUUCUUCCUCUCACACCUGGCCUUCACUGACAUCUGUUUCAGCACCACCACCAUCCCCAAGAUGCUAGUGAACAUCCAAAGACAAAGCAAAUCCAUUUUUUUUACAGGCUGCCUCACCCAAGUCAGCUUCGUCCUCUUUUUUGCAGGGUUGGAAAACUUCCUCCUUGCAGCAAUGGCUUAUGACCGCUAUGUGGCCAUCUGCCAUCCACUGAGGUUUUUUUUCAUCAUGAACCCCCACCUCUGUGGCCUGCUGAUUCUACUCUCCUUGAGCAUCAGCACUGCAGAUGCCCUACUGCACAGUCUCAUGGUGCUUCGACUCUCCUUCUGCACAGACCUGGAAAUUCCCCAUUUCUUCUGUGAACUUGCUCAGGUCAUCAAGCUUGCCUGUUCUUUUUUUUUCAUCAAUAACAUCCUGGUGUAUUUAGUGACUAGCAUAUUGGGUGGUGUUCCUUUUUUUGGGAUUAUUUUCUCUUACAUUCAAAUUGUCUCUUCCACUCUGAGAAUGUCAUUUUUUUUGGGGAAAUAUAAAGCCUUUUCUACCUGUGGGUCUCAUCUCUCGGUUGUUUCUUUUUUUUAUGGGACAGCUUUUGGAGUGUACAUUAGUUCUGCAGUUAUUCAUUCUUCCAAUUUUUUUGCAAGUGCCUCAGUGAUGUACACCGUGGUCCCUCCAAUGUUGAACCCCUUUAUCUAUAGCCUGAGGAACAAGGACAUGAAGGGAGCCUUGAAGAAACUCAUCUGA